UGUAUAUAUACUAUAUCAUGUUCAUUGGUAGAAGAAGCUAGUGUUGUGCUUAGAGAGAAAGAUAAGAGAGAUGGGGAGUGAAGGGUAUUUGCCAUUGUUUGAGACCAAAGAAGAAAAGGGAAGAGCUGCUUAUAGAGUAUUUGCAGCCUCCAUUUUUGUGGGGAUUUGUUUAAUUUGGAGCUAUAGAGUGAAGUUUAUACCAGAGAAUGAAGGAGGAAGAAGAUGGGCUUGGCUUGGUAUGUUUGCUGCUGAGAUAUGGUUUGGAUUUUAUUGGGUUCUCACUCAGGCUCCUCGCUGGAAUCCAAUUCAUAGGUCCAUCUUUAAACACAACCUCUCACAAAGGCAUGAGGCAGAGUUUCCCGGAGUGGACAUAUUUGUAUGCACAGCAGACCCGGAGAAGGAGCCAUUAGUUAUGGUCAUGAGCACUGUAUUAUCAGUCAUGGCAUACGACUACCCGCCUGAGAAGCUCAGCGUAUACCUCUCUGAUGACGCAGGCUCCGAGCUCACCUACUAUGCUCUCAUAGAGGCCUCUGAAUUUGCAAAGCACUGGUUACCAUUUUGCAAGAAGUUCAACAUCCAGCCAAGGUCACCUGCCACUUACUUUGCCUCACAGUCUAAUCAUCAAGGCAAAGAAGUGCUCUUUAUUCAGAAAUUAUACAAGGACUUGGAGAGUAGAAUCAAUGCCGCAGUCAAACGAGGUCGGAUUCCUGAAGAAGUACGAUCAAGUAAUGUAGGAUUUUCACAGUGGAAGUCCUAUGUAUCUCGUCGAGACCAUGAUACCAUCAUUCAGAUAGUAAUAGAUGGGAGAGAUCCAAAAGCCACAGAUGUUGAAGGAUAUGUGUUACCAACUUUGGUGUAUUUGGCUCGUGAGAAGAGACCUCAAUAUUUCCAUAACUUCAAAGCUGGGGCCAUGAAUGCCUUGCUUAGGGUCUCAUCACACAUAAGCAAUGGGCAAAUCAUACUCAAUGUAGACUGUGAUAUGUAUUCCAACAACUCUGAUUCCAUAAGAGAUGCACUUUGCUUCUUAAUGGAUGAAGAGAAGGGCCAUGAGAUUGCAUAUGUUCAGUUUCCACAAAAGUUUCACAACGUAACGAAGAACGACAUCUAUGGAAGUGCUUUACGAGUCAUGAAUAAGGUGGAGUUCUCUGGUAUGGAUGGUUUUGGAGGUCCUCGAUAUCUUGGAACAGGCUGCUUUCAUAGAAGAGACGUUCUAUGUGGUAAAAAGUACAGCAAGGGAUACAAAAAUGAUUGGAACAGUAAAAACUUUAGGAAUUCUGAAGACAAUGUAAAUGAACUAGAAGAAAAAUCCAAGCAUCUAGCAAGUUGUUCAUAUGAAAAGAACACUCAGUGGGGAAAAGAGAUGGGUUUGAGAUAUGGAUGUAUUGUAGAAGAUGGUAUGACUGGGCUGUCAAUACAAAGACAAGGAUGGAAAUCAAUUUAUUGUAACCCAGAGAAGGAAGCCUUCCUAGGUGUUGCACCAACCUCAUUAAUUCAGACACUAGCUCAACAUAAGCGAUGGUCGGAAGGUGACCUCCAAAUUCUUUUAUCUAGGUACAGUCCUGCGUCGUUCGGUCGGGGAAAGAUCAGCCUAGGCCUACGAAUGGUAUAUUGCAUCUAUUCUCUGUGGGCAGUUAAUUCAUUGGCAACAUUAUAUUACUCCACCAUCCCCUCACUUUAUCUCCUCAGAGGCAUUCCCUUGUUUCCAGAGGUUUCAAGCCUGUGGCUGAUACCUUUCACAUAUGUGAUAUUUGCUAAGUAUGUUGCUAGUUUGGUGGAGUUUCUGGUGGCUGGAGGAACAAUCCUGGGUUGGUGGAAUGAACAGAGGAUUUGGCUAUAUAAGAGAAUAAGUUCCUAUCUGUUUGCUCUUAUAGAUACUGUCUUGAAGACACUUGGAUUAUCUGAUGCAGCUUUUGUAAUCACAGCUAAAGUGACUGAUAAAGAAGUCUCCCAAAGAUAUGAAAAUGAGAUGAUGGAUUUUGGAGCUUCCUCUCCAAUGUUUACCAUAAUAGCAACAAUUGCUUUGGUUAAUUUGCUUUGCUUUCUUGAGAUGAUGAAGAAAGCACUGAAUGGUGGCAGUGGUUUGGUGAUGGUCUUGCAAACAAUGGCUUUGCAGGUUCUUGUUUGUGGGAUUUUGGUUGUGAUCAAUUGGCCUUUGUACCAAGGACUUACAGAUAGGAGCAAAAUGCCAACCUCCCUGGCUAUUAAAGCCUUUAUCUUGGCCCUAGUAAUUUGUAUUUCCUUUUCAUUACUAUUUUAAUUGUGGCGCCAUGUAUUUUCAGAUGUAGUUCAUUUCUGUAACUUGAAGUUUACUAUGGAUGUCAUCUUGGUUACUUGAG